CAACCGCAGGAUUGUGAGGUUACUUCUUUGUUGACAGGAAGCCAGUGUCGAGACCCGAGAACUGGACAGAUGUGAUGCACUUUUCUGGUGACGACUCGAGCUGCAGCGUUCUGGAUCAGCAGGAGCUUUCUGAUUGACAGAUUUUUUUUACACAGACAUGUAAACACAUCAUUACAGGAGUGGAGUCUGCUGAAGAGGGUGUUCGUGGGCGCUAUCGGCAGAAAGUUUGUGGAGUGGAAGCACCGGGACAGAGUGCAGCACCAAUGAUCAACUGAACAUCUGGAUCCACCAAAUCCGAAGGCAGAGGUCAUUAAAGUAAAAAUAAUGGAGGAGCAUCAGCCUGCAGGCUUGUUCCUGGCCGACUACGCAGUCUUUUCUGCCAUGUUGUUGGUCUCUAUGGGCAUCGGCCUCUUCCAGGCCCUGAAGAAGGGGCCUGGGGAAGCCACUGCUGAUGAUUUCUUCACUGGGGGUCGGAGCAUGCCGGCAGUGCCUGUUGGGUUGUCGCUCUGUGCAAGUUUCAUGUCGGCAGUCCAGGUUCUGGGUGUUCCUUCUGAGGCGUCUCGCUACGGAUAUAAAUUCCUCUACAUGUGCCUCGGACAAAGCAUCAGUUCCCUGCUGACAGCUUACCUUUUCCUGCCAGUUUUCUACCGACUGGGAAUCACCAGCACCAAUCAGUAUCUGAAGCUGAGAUUUGGCCACGGGAUGCAGCUGUUGGGGAGUAUCCAGUUUCUGGUGGCAACGCUGCUUUACACGGGGAUCGUCAUCUAUGCACCUGCCUUAAUCCUCAACCAAGCUACUGGACUCAAUAUGUGGGUGUCUCUGUUUUCUACUGGGAUCAUUUGCACACUAUACACUACGCUGGGGGGCAUGAAAGCUGUGAUCUGGACUGAUGUGUUCCAGAUUAUAGUCAUGUUGGCUGGCUUUGUGGCCAUUUUCAUCCACGGUACAGUUCUCGUUGGUGGUCCUGCAACGGUGCUGGAAAUCGCCAAAAAUGGAUCGCGCAUUAAUUUCAAUGAUUUUAGUGUCGACCCACGUCAGCGCUAUAGUUUCUGGAGCUUGUCUGUCGGCGGCGCAUCGGUUUGGCUGUCCAUGUACGGGGUGAACCAAGCUCAAGUCCAGCGCUACAUCUCCUGCAGAACAGAAAAAGAUGCCCAGUGGGCGCUGUUUGUGAAUCAAGUGGGUCUGUGUCUCAUCGUGAGCAGUGCAGCAACAUGCGGCAUUGUCAUGUUCGCCUAUUACAUCAACUGUGAUCCACUGAAGUCCGGGAUUAUUUCUGCCCCAGAUCUGUACAUGCCGUACUUUGUGUUGGACAUAUUCAGAAAUCACUCUGGAUUUCCAGGUCUUUUCCUCGCCUGCGCAUACAGCGGCACGCUGAGCACGGCCUCUACGAGUAUCAAUGCGAUGGCUGCGGUAACGAUGGAGGAUCUGCUGAGGCCUCGUCUGCGCCUAGUGACCCAGAAGAAAUUGAUACUGAUUUCGAAAGGAUUGUCUUUUCUGUACGGAGUUGGUUGUAUCACAGUGGCUGCUCUCUCUUCCCUCCUGGACUGGGGAGUUCUUCAGGGGUCCUUCACAGUAAUGGGUGUGGUCAGUGGUCCAAUACUGGGUGUAUUCAUUUUGGGGAUGUUUGUCCCAGCAACAAACAGGCUGGGGGCAUUCUCUGGAUUCUUAGUGGGCUUCUGUGGCUCUCUGUGGCUCGCGGUUGGUACAACUCUUUACCCUCCCAGUGAGGAGACCAUGGGUGUGCUGCCCAGCUACACCAGCGGGUGUGGACUGAGCAACAUCACCGUGAACAGCAACAGCCCUCCCCAGGAACAACACUCCAUCUCCACACUGCAUUUCCCCGAUCAACAAGGGGGCUUGCUUGAUUUCUACUCCGUGUCCUACCUCUAUUUUGGUGCCAUAGCAACAAGUUCGGUCGUGCUAGUUGGGCUGUUAGUGAGUUAUGCAACAGGGCCAACACAGAGGAGUCAUAUUAAAGAGGGUUUGUUAUGGUGGGAUCUGAACAAAACAGAAAUAGAGGUCGCAUCAGAGCACAGACGAAACGUGCUUAAAGACCGACCACAGCUUGUGCCUCUGAGGGACAUGCGAAAAGAAGACGCAAAAGAAGAAACAACAGAUGUUGGGAAUAUUGAAUCACCACUCAGACUUAAAGUGAUGAACAGCUAUUAGUCAUCUCCAUGCAUCUUACCACUAUUUCUUACACACUCAAUUGUCUUAAUUCUAGUUUUUGUCUCUUCUAAAGUCUUCUCCAUAUUUGGACAUAUGUUUAAUAAAAUAUGAUUUUAAAAUAAUCCUUCAAAUGUUAUUCGAUAAUGAAGGUCUUUAUUGUUGUGCCAAGGAAGCCAUAGGCUGACCAAACAACCUUAUUAUCCUAGUUAUUUGAAUUAUUGACAUGCUAAAAGGCUCUUUCAUCCCAACAUUCAUUCUGGUAUGUUGCAUAUCUCUAGCAGUGCACACCUGCACUUCAACCAGUGUAAAUGGAUAUGUGACGGGUGGACUGGAGUAAACUGAGUAUUUUUCCUUCACUUACAAAUGGGAGCUCUGCUAUGCAGGCAAUGCCUAGUAAGGCUUUCCACGUAAACAUGUACUGCAGGAAACGGUGUAAAUCAAUUAUAGUAUAUAGUUCCCACAUGGGCGGCUUCAGUUGAGACCUGCAGCAGGUGGCGCUUAUUGUCUAGGAUAAGAUCCAAUAAAACAUCUAUAGCAUUGUUGCAAUAAGCUACUCUUGUGGACAGAUGACUGACAGAAUAUUGUAGAUAAAUAAAUAUUUUCUUGAACUUGAGUCGUUGCAACUGUUCAUACAGUAUAUGUCUGGUAAGCCACAUUGUAAGCAUAAUUAAUCUGUGACUACAUUCAUGCAUGAAAGAAGUGUGUUUAUAUUGUGUACCAAUGUCAAAUUAGGAAGUGUUGGAAGGGAACAUGUCGUAUUUCUGUUUGUUAGUUUUGCAUGUUUCUUUACUUUUGAAUAUGUUCUCAAAACAUAAUUUAAUUUCUGUGGUAUUUUAAAUUGAAAUGUUGUGCCUAUUUCAUUUGUCUUGCCACUCUUUACUUUGUCUUAACACAUCUUUAUAAUGUUGAAAAUAUGGUCUUUGGAGUGGUACUUUUUUAUUUAUGUUCAAACUGUUAUGGAUCAUACAUUUAUAGGUUUUAGAUUAAGGUUAAAGGAAAAUAGCUUAACAUUUAGGAACCUCAUUUACAUCAUACUGGUAUACAUUGUAGGUCAAUUACAAUUUCUAUUAAAAUGAGAAUCCAGUUCUCAA